AUGGCUGGUUUCUCAGUAGUAGUCACAUCCAAAGUCCGCAACGACCACACUCACUGGCGCUGUAUGCACCAGACGGACGGAACCUACUGCAAUACUCGACUUCCGGUGAACCAGGAACAAUGCACCAAAUGCGGUAGUGGCCGUGAAAAGGGCUCGUGGGCUGAGACGCAUGAUGGCACUCAGCUUGGGACUCUGGAUUCCUUUGACUCGGAGGCCUCUGAAGCCAUCAAAGUCUCCACUAGAACCAAAAUGCCUCUCAUGGAACGCACAACCACCCUUCGAGAUGAUCAUUCUCACUGGAAGUGCGUGAGACCUGAGCGUAACGGGGGUUUCUGCAAUACAACAAUGGCUAUGAAUGAAAACCAGUGCAGAAAGUGCGCUGCUAUUCGUGAGCCCAGGUUCGCGUAUGCCAUGACUCGAGAGGGGCAUAAACUUGGAGUUCUUGGGAGUGUUGACAUAGAUAAUGUCGAGAUGUGGCAUUACGAAAUGUAA